AUGGAAGGUGAGUACACGGCCACAGUGUGAAAUUCAUAGGAAAGGUAUACUGAAGAAGUGAGACCAGCAACGCUGUUCCUCACCUGGGUUACAGCCAGCCAGACAUGCCCUUUAGUGAGAAACUCCAUUCCAUUCCUUUCCCCCUGGUUUUCAGACAGCAUGUUGUGACCACUGAGGCUGCUCCAUCCUAAUAGGGUUGUGUGUGUGUGUGUGUGUGUGUGUGUGUGUGUGUGUUACCUUCUUAGUGUGGUGUAGUGGUUAGAUUGUCAGACUAGGACCUGGGAGACCAGGGGUUGAAUCCUUUUUGCUUGGAGAUUUUUAAGCAGAGGCUGGGUGGCCAUCGGUCAGGGAUACUUUAGCUGAGAUUUCUGCAUUGAAGCGGGGUUGGACUAGAUGACCCCUGGAGGUCCCUUCCAACUCUCUAAUUCUGAUUCCAUGAUCAAAAACCAUUCUACCUUUAUUUCAAAUCAGAACCAGUGAAGGCAGUGAAGGUCCUGUGUGAGUGUCUGGAGGCGGUUGGAGGAUGGAUGGCGGCUAACAGAUUGAGGUUGAAUCCUGACAAGACAGAAGUACUGUUCUUGGGGGACAGGGGACAGGCAGGUGUGGAGGACUCCCUGGUCCUGAAUGGGGUAACUGUGCCCCUGAAGGACCAGGUGCGCAGCCUGGGAGUCAUUCUGGACUCACAGCUGUCCAUGGAGGCUCAGGUCAAUUCUGUGUCCAGGGCAGCUGUCUACCAGCUCCAUCUGGUACGCAGACUGAGACCCUCCCUGCCCGCGGACUGUCUCGCCAGAGUGGUGCAUGCUCUGGUUAUCUCCUGCUUGGACUACUGCAAUGCAUUCUAUGUGGGGCUACCUUUGAAGGUGAUCCGGAAACUACAACUAAUCCAGAAUGCAGCAGCUAGACUGGUGACUGGGAGCGGCCCCUGAGACCACAUAACACCGGUCUUGAAAGACCUACACUGGCUCCCAGUACGUUUCCGAGCACAAUUCAAAGUAUUGGUGCUGACCUUUAAAGCCCUAAAUGGCCUCGGUCCAGUAUACCUGAAGGAGUGUCUCCACCCCCACCGUUCUGCCCAGACACUGAGGUCCAGUGCUGAGGGCCUUCUGGCCAGACACUCGCUGCGAGAAGCCAAGCUACAGGGAACCAGGCAGAGGGCCUUCUCGGUAGUGGCACCCGCCCUGUGGAACGCUCUCCCAUCAGAUGUCAAAGAAAAAAACAACUACCAGACUUUUAGAAGACAUCUGAAAGCAGCCCUGUUUAGGGAAGCUAUUAAUGUUUAAUAGGUUAUUGUAUUUUAGUGUUCUGUUGGAAGCCACCCAGAGUGGCUGGGGAAAGCCAGCCAGAUGGGCAGGGUAAGGUAAAAGUAAAGGUACCCCUGCCCGUACGGGCCAGUCUUGCCAGACUCUAGGGUUGUGCACUCAUCUCACUCUAUAGGCCGGGAGCCAGCGGUGUCCGCAGACACUUCCGGGUCACGUGGCCAGCGUGACAAGCUGCAUCUGGCGAGCCAGCGCAGCACACGGAACGCCGUUUACCUUCCCGCUAUAAAGCGGUCCCUAUUUACCUACUUGCACCCGGGGGUGCUUUCAAACUGCUAGGUUGGCAGGCGCUGGGACCGAACGACGGGAGCGCACUCGCCGCGGGGAUUCGAACCGCCGACCAUGCGAUCGGCAAGUCCUAGGCGCUGAGGUUUUACCCACAGCGCCACCCGCGUCCCUGAUGGGCAGGGUAUAAAUAAUAAAUUAUUAUUAUUAUUAUUAUUAUUAUUAUUAUUAUUAUUCUCCCACUCAGUCCAAUCUCCUUUAGCCCUUCCUGCUUGUUUAGUUUAAUAUAUUAACAUCAAUGGACUGAGCAAUUCCCAUUAUUUAAAUAACCAUAACUUCUUAACCCUCUAUUACAUUUUGCAGAGCAUUUUAGUGCCAUCUUCUACUAUUACUACUACUACUACUACUACUACUACUAAUAAUAAUAAUAAUACAGGUGAUAUCAAACAUAAGUCACACUCUGAGUAGACGCACUGAUGUCAUCUGACUUUAAUAACUUGAGCCUAUACUGAUUACAGUGGGUCUGCUCCAUGUCUUAGUUGAAUCUCUCUCUUACACUUCUGUGAAUGAUUCCUUAAGAGUCUCAAUCACUGCAAAUCCUCCUAUGUUAUGCUUUAAAUCUAUUCGUUGUUGUUAUUGUUUAUGGCUUAAGUACCUGAAAGAAUGCUGGAGUGCUUGCGGAAGAUAAGUGUGCAGUAGGAUAAUGGGUAGAUAAAAGAAGCAAUUAUUUUCUCUCAGAGAGGAACUAAUUUCGGUGGCGAUUCCGGCAGGAUUAAGAGCUGAAGUCCUAAACUCCACAUUACAAAGAUGCAAAGGCCUCUCCAUUUGUCUUUUGCCUCUCGAUUAGCAGCUCGAGAUAAGAGGACUCCAGAAAGCUGCCUUAGAUCAUCUGGUCUUAGGUCCUCUCGUCUAUCUAGCCCAGUAAUGUCUACACUGACUGUUAGCUGCUCUCCAGAGGAAGAACAUGUGAAGAGUCUGCUGGACCAGGUUUGUGGUCCAUCUGGUCCAGUAUUUAGUGAUGAGAGAGCUAUUGAUGGCUUAUUACCUUUAAAGCCCUAAACAGCCUCAGUCCAGUAUACCUGAAGGAGCGUCUCCACCUCCAUCGUUCUGCCCGGACACUGAGGUCCAGCGCCGAGGGCCUUCUGGCGGUUCCCUCAUUGCGAGAAACCAAGUUACAGGGAACCAGGCAGAGGGCCUUCUCAGUAGUGGCGCCCGCCCUGUGGAACGCCCUCCCAUCAGAUGUCAAAGAGAAAAACAACUACCAGACUUUUAGAAGACAUCUGAACGCAGCCCUGUUUAGGGAAGCUUUUAAUGUUUAAUAGGUUAUUGUGUUUUAGUGUUCUGUUGGAAGCCGCCCAGUUGGAAACCCAGCCAGAUGGGCAGGGUAUAAAUAAUAAAUUAUUAUUAUUAUUAUUAUUAUUAUUAUUAUUACCCUGAUGCUCCAGCAGUCUCUUCUUAUCCUGUUCUGACAAUGACCAACCAGAUACUCCUGGGAAAGUUAGAGGAGACCCAUAAGGCAUGUCUUCCCUGGGACUUGGAUUGCCAAAUUCUUAUUGACCCCUACAACCUGACAGACAGAAAUUUAACAGGUGAAGCUCUUUCAAGCCAUGGAGAUAAGUGGUGGAAAACACUUAUCACCUGAUUGUUGUUGUUGAUGAUGAUGUUGAUAUAAUUUACCAUAUUUUUCCAUGUAUUAGACAAGGUUUUUUGACUCAAAAAUUGUGUGAAAAAACAGGGGUCGUCCAAUACAUGGAUAGUGGCAUGGGGGGGGGGGGGAGAAGCGGCAUGCCCACCAGCCAGCCGGUUGGCAGGAGUGCAACUUCCUCUGAUGCGUGUGGGAAACGAUCUAGGGAGUGUUUCCUGCCCGCAGCUGCGUGGAGGGAGAAGCUCAACAACUUUGGGCCAUCUCCCCUCAUUUUCUUAAAAUCAAGUCCCCCCAAAUAGGGGGGGGUCUUAUACAUGAGGGGGACGCGGGUGGUACUGUGGGUUAAACCACAGAGCCUAGGACUUGCCGAUCAGAAGGUUGGCGGUUCGCAUCCCCACGACGGAGUGAGCUCCCGUUGCUCCGUCCCUGCUCCUGUCAACCUAGCAGUUUGAAAGCACGUCAAAGUGCAGGUAGAUAAAUAGGUAUCUCUCCAGUGGGAAGGUAAACGUUGUUUCCAUGCACUGCUCUGGUUCGCCAGAAGCGGCUUAGUCAUGCUGGCCACAUAACCCAGAAGCUGUACGCCGGCUCCCUUGGCCAGUAAAGCGAGAUGAGCACCGCAACCCCAGAGUCGGCCACGACUGGACCUAAUGGUCAGGGGUCCCUUUACCUUUACCUUUAUACACGAGGGCGUCUUAUAGAUGGAAAAAUACGGUAUAUGCCACCCAUCUGACUGGGUUGCUCCGGCCACUCUGGGCGGCUCCCAACAAAAUAUUAAUAGUACAAGGCACUGGAAAAAGUUUUUAAAAGGAAGAAUGUGGAUUGGGGUUCCAUGUUUGUCGAGAACUUACUAUUAGAUGAACUCUACAGGUUUAUGGCUGCCAGCUGAAUGUGUGACCUCCUGGCUCCAUUGAAAAACACGACUCAGAUGAUUUGUGGCGGUGCCUCAGUUGUGUCUGCGUGGGCUUGACCUCUGAUGGGUCAUCCACAGAUGAAAGCGACCACUUGACACGGCACAGUCAUCAGAGAUGACCGUUCUAUGUGCAGAAACAGGCCGCCGAGACUGAGUUUCUGAAAUAGACGCCCACACGGUUUGUGCUGGGCUUUUCUCUCUUACGUACGUUUCCCUAAGAUGUUCUAUAUCCUCACUAACCACUUGAUACAGCUGGAAUGGACAACCUGUGGCCCUCCAGAUGUUGCUGAACCCCAGCUCCCCUCAGCUCUGGCCAUUGGCAUUGUAAACGGAGAAAUCUGAGGGCUCCCUUGGACAAAAAAACCAAGGAUACCAGCCAGGAAUACCAGAGCAAAACAGCAGCCGGUAGGCUUGGUGUUUAUUGAAGACUGUUGGGACAGGACUCCCACCUGCCACAAGGUGGAACAAGAUGGAAGCCCCAAACAAAGAGAACCCAAACUUUUAUUAGCUGCUAAUCCCCAUGUUACACCCCCCCAAACUACAUCACUAAUACAUCAUGGUUACAUCCCGCAAAGGGAGGUCUGGUGGCAGUAAUCUGAGCAUCCUGGACCCUGCCCCAUGGUUCUCCUUGCCCUCCACCAAACCCCCAUCAAGUGUAACAAAAAAGAUAUUUACAUUUCCCUGUUUCCCAGCCAAGUUAAUCACACCCUUUUGUUUUUAUCUGGGUUUGUUAUUUCUGGAAUGGCUACCUGUCUGGCACUCAGGUAUCAGGAUGCCAGGAAUUAUUACUCAGGCAGAGGGGCUGCUGAGCAGCUGAGCUCACAUGUCUAUAUGAAUUUCUGAAGUUUUCCCAGUGAGCCAGUACAGAGAUACAUUUAUCAGUGAAUUCUUACAUUUGGUAUUCUGCUGCAGAGGCCCUUUGAAUAGAUAGGAAGAAACUGUGAUGAAGUGUUUUGUGGGGACAAAUCACAAAAGUCACAAAAGCGAUUGCGCUGAUUUUGGUAGUGGGCUGCAUGUGCUUGAUAUCUGCUGGAGGGGCAAACCCCACCCCAACCUAUACAAAAAUUCCUGCAACAGCAUUGCUGGCUAAGGCUAGUGGAAGUUAUAGUCAGGGCUUUUUUCCAGCAGGAACUUGCCAGAACUCAUUUCUAGCACCUGUCAGGUGGGCGCCUUUACCAUUACAGUGGUACCUCAGGUUGCAUACGCUUCAGGUUACAUACGCUUCAGGUUACAGACUCCGCUAACCCAGAAAUAAUGCUUCAGGAUGAGAACAGAAAUCGUGCUCCGGCGGCGUGGCGGCAGCGGGAGGCCCCAUUAGCUAAAGUGGUGCUUCAGGUUAAGAACAGUUUCAGGUUAAGAACAGACCUCCGGAACGAAUUAAGUACUUAACCAGAGGUACCACCGUAUAAGAGAACAAAGGACGCACUCACAGUGAGUUCCAGCACCUCUUUUCUAGAAAAAUAGCACUGGAUAUAGUUCAUCAACAUCUGGAGGGCCAAAGAUUCCUCAUUCUUGUGCUACAGGCAAAGAAAUCCGAGACCAGGGAGAAGAGUCAGUGAAAGAAGACUGGAAGAAAUUUAAAGACUAUUUACAGAAAUAUUGUAAAAUUAAGUAAUUUUAGAAGGAUGUUGGAUAGAAACUAAGUGGUUUCCAGCUGUAAUGCUUUAAGAGAUAUGAAAAAGGUUUUAUAAAUGGGUAAAGCUUAAUGGUAAGGACUUGCUGAAGUAACAAACUGAACUGGAAUACAAAAAAAGGGAGGUAUGAGGAGGUCCGGGGAAAUAAGUGAAAGGAGGAUAUGUUAUGGAAAACUAACGAUGUGUUUUUAUUUUGUAUGUUUCCUUUUAUUUUUCUCUUUUUUGCUAUAUUUUAAAAACUUUAUCCUUUUUUCUGUAUUUUGUAUUUUUUUUCUGUUUUUAUUUUCUGUUUUUGUAUUUUUUGAAACCUUAAUAAAUAUCAUUUAAAAAAAAGAAAGAAAUUUGCACGCCUGACGCAGCAUGACUCUGACGAAGGCCGAGUUCCUUAUUUCACCCACAAACUCAGACAUGUGCGCCUCCAAAAGAGGAACCAUCAACACAUCAGCUGCAGUCGUUUUCAUUGGAAGCAGCUUUGCCCAAGCAGAAAGGUUAAAUGCAGGAAGGAAAGAACAGAUGUAAGGGAGUUGCUCCCUGCUAGCCUGGAUCACGGGUCUUCAAAGGAUGGGGAAUCUAGAGUCUAUUUUUAAAAGAAAACAAUUACAGUGGUACCUCUCGUUAAGUACUUAAUUCGUUCUGGAGGUCCGUUCUUAACCUGAAACUGUUCUUAACCUGAAGCACCACUUUAGCUAAUGGGGUCUCCUGCUGCCACCGCGCCGCCGGAGCACGAUUUCUGUUCUCAUCCUGAAGCAAAGUUCUUAACCCGAGGUACUAUUUCUGGGUUAGCGGAGUCUGUAACCUGAAGCGUCUGUAACCUGAAGCGUAUGUAACCUGAGGUACCACUGUAAAUCGUAUUAUAGCUUCCUAGUUUUUAUAGCGGGUUCUUCUACGACAUCCGCAAGGCCUGCAGAUUUCGGUUUGCAUUAAGCAGGUGGCCGGAUUGCUAGUGAUGGUACUAAAUUUACCGUAUUUUUCGCUCUAUAAGAUGCACCCGACCAUAAGAUGCACCUAGAUUUUAGAGGAGGAAAAAAAGAAAAAAAAUAUUCUGAACCAAAUGUUGUUGAAGAGGCUUUGCGCGGAUAUCCCCGAAGCCAGAACAGCAAGAGGGAUUGCUUUGCAGCAAUCCCACUUGCUUUCUGGCUUCGGCGAUAGCUACGCAGCCUGCAUUCGCUCCAUAAGACGCACACACAUUUCCCCUUACUUUUUAGGAGGGAAAAAUUGCGUCUUAUAGAGCGAAAAAUACGGUAAUUCUAGUAGCCAGUAGGGAAAGCCCCUUCUUGAGACCCUCCUUUGUAUGCCCCCCUGCUUGAGAGUUGCAGAGGGUGGCAACACGAGAACGGGGCCUUCUCUGCAGUGGCUCCCCAUCUGUGGAAUGCUUUCCCCAGGGAAGUUUGCCUGGCGCCUUCAUUAUACCUUUAGGCUCCAAUCAAAACAUUCCUUUUUAACCAGGCCUUUGGUUGAUCUGAUUGUAUACCCUUUUAAAAUAUGGCUCUUUUGGUGUGUGUGUGUGUGUGUGUGUGUGUUAUUGGCUUGUUGUUUUUAUUUUGAUUAUAUAUUUUGUGGUUUUAUAUUUUGAUUUUGUUCUGAGAUCUCUGGGUAUAGGGCGGUAUAUAAAUUCAAUAAAUAAUAAUCCACCAUGGGGAAAAAUCAUUCCCUCCAUUUCUGAUGUUCAAGCUAUGUCGGUGCCCGUGUAGCCAAAAUGCUAACACCCAAGCACAAUGGGGAGGGCUCUGGGACUGUGGAAUGGAGCAAGGGACUGGAAAACUGGGUGGAAAGCAGAAUUUUGUGCUGUAACAAUUUGUUGCAGCCCCUACUUAGGAUGGAAUUCUCUCCCGCAGGAGGCAGUGAUGACCUGUGGUUGUUGUUUAGUCGUUUAGUUGUGUCCGACUCUUCGUGACCCCAUGGACCAGAGCACGCCAGGCACUCCUGUCUUCCACUGCCUCCCGCAGUUUGGUCAUACUCAUGCUGGUAGCUUUGAGAACACUGUCCCACCAUCUUGUCCUCUGUCGUCCCCUUCUCCUUGUGCCCUCCAUCUUUGCCAGCAUCAGGGUCUUUUCCAGGGAGUCUUCUCUUCUCAUGAGGUGGCCAAAGUCUUGGAGCCUCAGCUUCAGGCUCUGUCCUUCCAGUGAGCACUCAGGGCUGAUUUCCUUCAGAAUGGAGAGGUUUGAUCUUCUUGCAGUCCAUGGGACUCUCAAGAGUCUCCUCCAGAACCAUAAUUCAAAAGCAUCCAUUCUUCGGCGAUCAGCCUUCUUCAUGGUCCAGCUCUCACUUCCAUACAUCAUACUGGGAAAGCCAUUGCUUUUACUAUACGGACCUUUGUUGGCAAGGUGAUGUCCCUGCCUUUUAAGAUGCUGUCUAGGUUUGUCAUUGCUUUUCUCCCAAGAAGCAGGCGUCUUUUAAUUUCGUGGCUGCUGUCACCAUCUGCAGUGAUCAUGGAGCCCAAGAAAGUAAAAUCUCUCACUGCCUCCAUUUCUUCCCCUUCUAUUUGCCAGGAGGUGAUGACCUAGAUGGCUUUAAAAGAAAAGUGGACAAAUUCCUGGAGGAGAGGGCUAUCAAUGGCUGUUAGGCACAAUGGCUGCGCUCUGCUUCCACAGCUGAAGGCCAGAGGCAUAACCAGGCUCCCUUGUGCCCUUGAGCCGUAUUGGUGCCCUGUGUCCCUUGUGCUCCUCUGCUGAGGUUCCUAGUGUUGAGAUGCUUCCAAGGAAAUGGGGUCAAUUUGCAGGCCCCCAGCUGGCUCCAGCCCACCGGCCGGUAGCUGGGCGAUCUCUGGUCCUUGGCACACCAUGAAACAGCAACCCACAACCUCAGAACUCUUCAGAAGCUGGAGCCCGCUCUAAUCAGAAGAGUAAAUAACUCUUCGCAACGGAAGGGCAGAAAGAGGCAUAUGUAAAGCGUAUUUACAAGCAGUUUAUUCAGGACAAAGGAAAAACAUGACUUCUCCCUUUCAUGUCCAAGCAAGCAGCCUAAAGCAAAAGCCAUACAUGAAACGGAAGUUCCCAGCAAGCAGUGCUGGACUGUAAAUAGGCAUGUGACACACAACAAUCAUGCUUGUUCAUUUUAAGGUGGAACGGAAUAUCUUAACACCCAGAGCAUCCUAUGCGCCUUGUCCAGGGACUGGGCAGCUUCCAUUCUGACAAGUCUUUUUUUUUUAUAUAAUUUAUUAUUGAUUUUACAAACAAGUUUUAUACAGUACAAACAAAUAAAAAGACAUACAAACAUGUAUAGUUUCAUAACCUUUUUUUUCAUAACCCUCUCUUCUCGGACUCCCCCGCGCCGCCCCUGCCUACAUCCCAAUUCCCAAAAUUAUUUCAGCAAAUUCUAAAUAAUUUUAUCAAAUAUAUUUUUCUUAUUUUUUUUUCUUCAACUUAAUCUUAUGUCGCUGUAAUCUCCUUUUCUUUCUCCAAACCUCGACAUUUUAACAUUCCUCAAUUUUAUGAUAGUUCUUUAGAUAGAUUUUAAAUUUCUUCCAAUCUUCUUCCACCGUCUCUUUCCCCUGCUCACGGAUUCUGCCAGUCAUCUCCGCCAAUGUCAUGUAGUCGAUAACCUUCAUCUGCCACUCUUCCAAGGUGGGUAGUUCUUCUGUCUUCCAAUACUUUGCGAUGAGUAUUCUUGCUGCUGUCGUAGCAUACAUAAAAAAAGUUCUGUCUUUCUUUGAUACCAAUUGGCCGGCAAUGCCCAAGAGAAAGGCCUCUGGUUUCUUCAGGAAAGUACAUUUAAGUACCUUUUUAAUUCAUUAUAUAUCAUUUCCCAGAAAGCCUUAAUCUUUGGGCACGUCCACCAAAGGUGAUAAAAAGUACCUUCAGUUUCUUUACACUUCCAACACUUGUUAUCAGGCAAAUGAUAAAUUUUUGCUAGCUUGACUGGAGUCAUGUACCACCUAUAGAUCAUUUUCAUAAUAUUUUCCUUUAAGGCAUUACAUGCCGUAAAUUUUAUACCGGUGUUCCACAACCAUUCCCAGUCAGCAAACAUAAUGUUAUGACCAAUGUCCUGUGCCCACUUAAUCAUAGCUGAUUUAACUGUUUCAUCUUGUGUAUUCCAUUUCAGCAGCAAAUUAUACAUUCUUGACAAGUUCUUAGUAUUGGGUUCUAACAGUUCAGUUUCUAAUUUUGAUUUCUCCACCUGGAAGCCAAUUUUCCUGUCUUGUUUAUACACCUCCAUUAUUUGAUAAUAAUGGAGCCAAUCUCGUACUUUGGGUUUCAAUUUCUCAUAGCUCUGUAGCUUCAACUUAUCUCCAUCUUGUUCCAAAAUUUCCCGAUACUUUAGCCAUUUUUUCAGAGUUCAACAAACCUGUAAUUUAGUAUCUCUCUUGAGCUGAGUAGUUUAAAACAAUGUAACAAUCCAAGUGACAGUUCACUGACAGUUCUCUCUCUCCAGGUUCCUUUGCCCCGGCAGUCCGUUUCAGGGUGUUUGACACAGUGGUGAAAAGUUUUUAAAGUCCUUUUCUGGCAGGUUCUAAUCACAGUUUCCUCCCCCUUUUGCUCCUGCCUACCAAAAGGGGGGAAAUUCACAGUUUAUGUCUGGUUCUCUUAAUUCUUUGCGAUCUCUCUAUGGUUACAGCUUUUAAUCCUUCUUUGCUUUAUCCUUAUGCAGUCCGGGAAAGGCUGACUUCCUUACUUUAAACCAAUCCCGUUUUCAGCCAAAUUUCAAGAAGAUAGUUGUAAAUCCCAAUUAGGUCUCAGUCUUACUCACGAGUUUUACUUUGUAAUCCAAUUUUCAGGAAGGAAUCGGCGCUCUCCGGCUAUGGCGAUGCGGCUUCGCUUCACAAGCUGGGUAGCGGCUCUCAGCACCGCUUCUCCCCCCGCUGCCGUUCCGGAGCCUUUAAAAGGCUCCCUUGCGAUUUCGGGGGGGCGCGAUGGUGCCCACCGAGCCUCCUUGUUCACAGGCUUCCGCGCCUGUAAUUUUUAAGGGUCCCCGCUUCGCCGUAGCGACAGGACCCGAACUUGUAAAGCAGACCCCCUCCGGAGCUCGGAGGGAAAUCCGCCAUUAGCCGAUGGCGCCGACCGGAAGUCCAUCCUGACAAGUCUUUGUCACAAUCAGCGCUGCUUCUAUUCUGCUGCAGUUCAGUUUCCACCAAACACAAUGUUCUUCAUCUCACAGUCCACUAUUUAAUGUAAUGUGCAUAAACAUUUACGUCAUACAGUGGUACCUCGGGUUACAGACACUUCAUGUUACAGACUCCACUAACCCAGAAAUAUUACCUCGGGUUAAGAACUUUGCUUCAGGAUGAGAACAGAAAUUGUGUGGCGGCAGCAGGAGGCCCCAUUAGCUAAAGCGGUGCUUCAGGUUAAGAACAGUUUCAGGUUAAGAGUGGACCUCUAGAACAAAUUAAGUUCUUAACCCAAGGUACCACUGUCUAUGCAAGUUACGAAGUUAACACAAUUACAGUGGUGCCUUGGUUCUCAAACUUCGAAACCCCAAAAGUAAGUGUUCUGAAUUUCAAAUGUCUGAUGCGGUUGUCAGCUAUUGUUUCUGGGGCACCUGCACCAAUCAGAAGCUGCACCUUGGUUUUUGAACAUUUUGAAAGUCAAACGGACUUCUGGAACAAAUUAAGUCUGGCGCUUUUGUUUUUGAGGCUUUUUUCAGUUAAAUUGUAUUUGUGACUGUGUGAAACCCAGUUCAGCUACCAAUUGAUUGAUUGAUUGAUUGAUUGAUUGAUUGACUGAUUGUGUGACUGUGGAAAUGGAUAAAAGCCCCCCACCCAAACAAUAGCUAUCAUGAGUGCAGGUAAGAAAAAAUAAUAAUUUUAAUUUUCAUCUUUACAAUACUGUCUUAUUUAUUUUAUAGUACAGUACGUUGAUUAUUGCUUUCAUUUUAUAGAUCAAUGGUCUCUUUAGAUAGUAAAAUUCAUGUUAAAUUGCUGUUUUAGGGGUUGUUUUUAAAACUCUGGAACGGGUUUAUCUGUUUUGCAUUACUUUCUAUGGGAAAGCGCGCCUUGGUUUUGGAACGCUUUGGUUUUGGAAUGGACUUCCGGAACGGAUUGAGAACCAAGGUACCACUGUAAUAAUAAUUAUACCUAUUAUUUCCACACCAUUCAUUUCAGCAUAAAGGAAACACUUAUUUACAUGUCAGGAGGAUGUCAUCAGUUAUGUAAUAAUUUGCAGGCUGAAAAACGCAGGAUACUUGCUGGAUUGAUUUCUAUUCCAGACAUGGGACAACACCAGAAAUUUUCACUUCUGCUGCAGCAAAUAGAGUGGGAGGAAUUAGUAGCUUUUGGGAUUCUCUGCGUCACUGAGACAUUUGUGGGUCAAGGCACUUCAUAUUCCGGGUCUUCAGAACACCAGACCAAGGGGAAGAAAGCAGUGCCUGAAUUUAACAUUGGCUAGCCUUUUCCUUCCUUGGUUAUUUUCAACGUGGGCUCAUUCCAGGGAAUGUCCACCACAGAGCACCAGUGGUUGUUGACCACAGCUGAAGAACAAUUGCUCUCACAAAAUCAAAAGUGUCAAAAAGGUUGUCUGGGGAACGAGCUGUCACAACAGACUGCUGUGUGUCUUUCUUUUCAGGUGUUGCGAAGGAGCCGCAGUUACAGGUGUACCAGCCAAAGAAUGCUAUCUCAGUACAAAUAGGAGAUAAUCUCACACUGGAAUGCCGGGUGACUGGGGAAGGUCCACCAGGACCUGUGAGGUGGUUCCUGGGUGAAGGUCCCACAAAGAAGGUUAUCUAUGCAGGUGCUGGAAGUUUUGAGAGAAUAACAAGAAAUAAUGAAAAAUCCAACGAAGAUUUCACUAUUGUCAUCCAUAAUGUUACCUGGGAGGAUGCUGGUAUUUAUUACUGUGUAAAGAUAAAGUCACACUAUCGAAAAGAAGACGUCAUACUACGUGGGGGUGGAACUGAGGUGGUUGUGACAGGUGAGUGGUGGAAAACUAAUGGAAUUUCUUUUUUAAAAAAUUUCAAGUCCUAGUUGGUUUCAUUGGCUAAAGCCUCUAUAAUAACUGUUCUGGUAUUUCCCCCUUAUUCCCUCAUAAAAGACACGACACGGUCUUCUAUAAAAGUAUAAAAAGGUUUACUCACAUAUCAUUCUGUUCACAAUAGGAUCCCAGAAGGCAGACUUAGCUUAGAAAAGUAACAUAUACCUAGAAACUAUCUCAUAAGAAGACAGUCCCUUUGUCCUCAAAGAGCAUCUUUGGCUAAGCAGAUGUUGCUUCUUCGAUGCAUGUAGUCAAGAGAGAGAGAGAUGGCUGCCCUGCCCUGUUCUUUUGUUGUUGUUACCUGCACAGGUGAGGCCACGCCCACCUCUAGUCACAUGCAGAGGAAGUCUUUCCCAGCCCAGAAGGAAACAGGAAGGUUACCUGCUGGCUGGACAAACAUUCCUCCCCUUGUGUAAACAUUUUCACUCUAGGAAUGUUGUACUUGACUGCUCUUGUGUUUCACAUCCCACACAAGGAAGUUCGGUUUUCAGUGUCAAUUAUUUUCUGGUCCUAACUUUCUGUCUUACACCACCACGUUCAUCUAGAUUCACCACCUCCCAAUACUGCCCCAGUGGUUGCCGGGGUGAGUGUCCUCCUCCUCACUGUCUUGCUCCUCGUGGCAGUUUACAUCUACUUAAAGAAGAGGAAAGGUGAGUUUGGCACCUAUGUUUGGAAGCAACUGACCCCUCCUCUCCCUUGAGUCAGCGGAGCAGAAGAAAUCAUUUCCAUAUAGUCUUUGAGGGCCCUAUAUUUCCACCGCACCCCAAAUUUCUGAAAAAUGUGGCACCCAAAUGUCGGACUGGUCACUUCUGCUCAGACUAGCCUACCUUGCGGGAUUAGGCUAGGGCCCCAUCUGCAUGAUACAUUUGAAGCAGCGUCAUACCACUUUAAACAACCAGGGUCCCCCUGCAAAAGAAUUCUGGGAAAUGUGGUUUCUUAUGGGUGCUGAGAGUUGUUUGGCAGCUCCUAGUCCCCUCGCAGAGCUGUAAAGCAGGGGUGGCCCAGCCCGUUUUAUGGCAAACUCAGCGACUGCCCCGGGCAGCAAAAGCCUUAGCUAUGCCACUGACUGUAAGUAUCUCUUUUUUCCUUCUUUUAAUAAUUUCAAUGGGGGGGGUGACAAGAAAUUUUCUGCACCGGGUACCAUCUGACCUUGCUACACCACUGGUUUCACUGCCUGAAGCAAAGUGGGAAGGUGCCAUGGCCCCUCUCUACUGAAACUGGCAAGGUUGCGAGAGUUCCAUGAGAUCUUGACGGAAGCCGUUGUGUGACCUUUUGGGGUGGCACCCCAUGGGAUUUUGCAGCCCAAGGCAUCUGCUUCAGUUUGCCUCAUGUAUAGUCAAUUUGAAACUGAUUUUCUGGAUUUUUUCUCUCCUCUGCAUUAAAUCCAUUCACAUCCAAGAUCCGCUGGUGAAUCUGGUAAAAGCACAAUUGUCAAAACAAAUGCGGAUCUUGCAUGUGAAUGGAUUUAAUGCAGAGGAGAAAAAAAUGAAAAUUCAGGAUAUUAAAAACAAUAUUAAAGAAGCUAUAGAGACAAGAGUGACAGCAAUGGGAAACCUCCCACCUCCAGUUGAAUUAGCCAAUCCAAAGAAUCAGUUUCAGUUUGCCUCAUGGGCAGGCUGGCCCUGAUUCUCAGAUUGUUUUAACAAACUACAAUUCCCAGGAUUCCUUGGGAGAAACCAUGUCCAUUUGAAGGGCUAUGACACUGCUUUCAAUGUAUAGUGCAGAUGCUGUUGGCAUGUGAUGCGCUCAUCAUGUGUUUAAAUGUGCUUGACUGAUGCAUACAGAGUGGUUUUAUGCUGGUGUUUAGUUUCUGGUGUUUGCUCUGAAUUAAAAAUGAAACACCAGCCUAGCCAGGUUGCUUUUAUUCUGAAGAGAAGGGAAAGCGUCACGGUGUGGCCCUGAUCCAGAACUUGCCUCAGAUCCGGGUUGUGGCCAAACUCUGAAAACUGCUCCAUGGCUGCUUUUUGCCUUCGAAAGUGCUCAGAACCCCUUUGGGGAUUGUGGAGGAGAAAGGAAGGGAUCGUUUUCAGCAGGAAACUGGUUCAGAGACCAGAGGCCACAACUGCUUUUUCUCAAGAAUAAGAAGAAGCCCAACAGAGAGCGCUUAUUUUAAACACAGAACUGGCACCACGUGCAGUUUGUGUUGGGAUGCUGUCGGGGAGGCGGGGGCAAUUGGAAGGCCCCCAGCUGGCUCCAGCCUACCAGCCGGCAGCCGGGCGAUCUCUGGUUCUCAGAACAGCAUCAAAACUGUGACUCAAGCCUCAGAAACCUUUCAAGACUUAAGCACGCAACCCAGCAGAGAUAAGAACUCUUUGCAACGGAAGAGGCGGAACAGAGACAUGUGUAAGCAUAUUUACAGCAUUUAUUCAGCAGCAGGACAAAGGAAAAACAUGUCUGCUUCCCUUCGUGUCCAAGCAAAACAGCAGCACAGCAAAAGCAAUAUACAACGGAAGUUCCCAGCAGACUGUGCUGGAAGUAAACAGACAUGUGACAUACAACAACUCCACAUAUCUGUUCCUCUUAAGGCAGAACAGAACAUCAAUAUCCUAACAUCCUCCCCGUUUCCAUGUAGCGCUUAGUACCUGUGGUUAGCAUUUAAUGUUUGAAAGCCAAUUUACUGUCUCUUCUCUUCUCCCUUGUAUGUAUCUAGGCAGAAACCAAGAGACGUCAAGGUCUGUAUAUAUUUUUUUUAAAUGCAAUUUCAUUAACUUUUCCUAGUGUUUGGGGAGAUGAGUAUUUAAGUCACAUAAAUUUGGUCAACGGUGGCAGAAGUGUGUCCGUCUGUCUGUAAGUACAGAAGUGUGGACUGAUUGAGAGAGAUUCACAGAUGUGGCUCCCCAUAUAUACAUGCCAAGAUCCAUUGGUGGCAAGGUUCUGCAAUAAGCAGCUUCUAAAAUUACAAAUUGGAUGGGUAAACAUGUUGUUAUGAGUUUGUUGGUGUCAGGAGUUUUUUUUUAGGGAGAGGGGGAGUAGGCUGUAUGCAAGACCGUUCUAAUUCCUGGAUCCAGCACGGAUUCAAUUGCUGGAAUAGCCAGGCCAGCCGGAGUGCUGAGCCAUUAAGAAAACCAAAGGAAAAUCAAUGGGCCAAUAAGAGAACAAAGGAAAGGGGGCUCUGUGCCAGAAGACAAAUGGGCCCCUCCUCCAGUUCUUCGCAGGACAAAGCAGGAGUUUGAGAACACAGUUUGCUGUUAUCUUAUGUGAGCAAGAAGCUGGGGUGGGGGGAUGGAGAAGCAGCAAGGAGAGUGUCAGAGAGCAAUGGCUGAUUUCUGUUUGAAGCCAAGUCUGCAGUUAUGGGGAAAGCAAUGCCCUUUUGGGGUGUUGAUGCUGUGAAACCCUCCACUGCAAGCCCAGGUUAUACAGGUGAAACUCAAAAAAUUAGAACAUCGUGGAAAAGUUCCUUUAUUUCACUAAUUCAACUUGAAAGGUGAAACUAAUAUAUGAGAUAGACUCAUGACAAGCAAAGCGAGAUAUGUCAAGCCUUGAUUUGUUCUGUAUAUACAGUGGAACCUUGGUUUUUGAGCGUCUUGGAAGCUGAAUGUUUCGGAACUCGAACGCCGAAAACCCGGAAGUGAAUGCUUCUGUUUUCAAAUGCGCCCUGGAAGUCUAAUAAUAAUAAUAAUAAUAAUUUAUUUGUACCCCACCCAUCUGGCUGGGUUUCCCCAGCCACUCUGGGCUGCUUCCAACAAAGAUUAAAAAUACAUUAAAAUGGCACACAUUAAAAACUUCCCUAAACAGGGCUGCCUUCAGAUGUCUUCUAAAAGUCUGGUAGUUGUUUUUCUCUUUGAGAUCUGAUGGGAGGGCGUUCCACAGGGCGGGUGCCACCACCGAGAAGGCCCUCUGCCUGGUUCCCUGUAGCUUUGCUUCCCGCAAUGAGGGAACCACCAGAAAGCCCUCGGAGCUGGACCUCAGUGUCCGGGCAGAAUGAUGGGGGUGGAGAUGCUCCUACAGGUAUACUGGCUUCCACUUCGUGUUUUUCCAUUUUCUCAAUGGAAAUUGCCAACAGUCCUUUGUGCCUCGGUUUUCGGAUGUUUCAGAAGUCGAACGGUCUUCUGGAACAGAUCACGUUGGAAAACUGAUGUUCCACUGCAUAUGUAAAUAAACGAUAUAUCAUAAAGACUCCACAGUCUCCGCUGUGCCUCAUUCUGAGGAACUCCUGGAAUCAUGCACCACUGAGAGAUUGGGAUGGCAGGCAACAAAUCCAAAUUUUAAGAGCGCUCUCUCUCUCUUUCUCUCCCUCGCACACACAUUUUUCCAAUUAGCCCCAAACUAGACACUUUAAAAGGUUCGAAAGUGCUUUGAAAAAUGCAAAUGCCUUCAGGCUUAAUAAAUCUUAGCCCAAGUGCCUAUUAAGAGGCAGCAAUGGAGAAAUCAAAUAGAGUCAUGUCCACUACGUUAAUAAUGGAUAAAAUGCAGCUCAUUUGCCUCCAUUAUUUUCAUUGCGUAAAACUCCAGGCUAUAAUUCUAGCCGGCUGUUUAGUGUGUUUGAGGUUUAUUUAAAGAUCAACUCUGACAUGGGCUUCACUAAGUGAAAGACAGCAGCUCCCACCCUUUUGGGGGGUUUUUUUUGGUUUUUGGUUUGCUAUGCUCAUUUCACAGAAUCCCACGUGGAUCUUGUGCGCAGAUAUAGAAGCUGAGUUCCAGAAUUUAGGAAGCAAGUUCUCCCUGUCCUCCUAGAGGUGGAGAUAUAUUGCAACAGAGGGUCCUCAAAGGACUCUGACAUUUCGGACAGGCGUGGCAAACCACCAGUGCCCAUUUUUCCUCCAUGUGGCAUUACCCCCCCCCCCGGUGGCAGCAGCAGGAUCUGUGGCAGACAACAUUACAGUGGUGGGCUGGGUGGAGGGGAUGGCAGAGGGCAGUUGCACCUGUCAGGAGUUCAGCCUACACUCGAGUAGGACCCUGGAAGAGACACAUGCCCAACUGGCAUGUUCUCUCCCUCCUGGUUGAUCGUUCGGGAGCUUCAAAAGCUUUCUUCAGCCCAAACAUCACAGCGACCAAUGCCAACCGACACCAGCACACUUAGGGAUCCGCAGAGUUUGUGCAUCAUGUGUAACAGACCUCAGCAACUCAGCGUUUUGGCUAAUCUACUUUAUUUACAUAUAAACACACACGGAGCACUGCAACGUGGCUCCCUCUCUCUCUAGCAUCAGACAGCAAAGAGGAAAAGAACAAAGGACAAUAGUCCCACUUCACGGAACAUGGUAACACAAACAUCCUGUCUCUGUCACUUCCCACUCUGUGGAGUCAAAACAUACACUGUCAUGUGAAAGACAGAGCAGAGAUGGUGCUGUUAGAAUUCCUGCUAUGCAGAUAUGCCCACCUGGGCUAAGUGCAGAAGUUCAAAGUGUUAAGUUAGAAUCAUAGAAUCAUAGAAUCAUAGAAUCAUAGAAUCAUAGAGUUGGAAGAGACCACAAGGGCCAUCGAGUCCAACCCCCUGCCAAGCAGGAAACACCAUCAGAGCACUCCUGACAUAUGGUUGUCAAGCCUCUGCUUAAAGACCUCCAAAGAAGGAGACUCCACCACACUCCUUGGCAGCAAAUUCCACUGUCGAACAGCUCUUACUGUCAGGAAGUUCUUCCUAAUGUUUAGGUGGAAUCUUCUUUCUUGUAGUUUGGAUCCAUUGCUCCGUGUCCGCUUCUCUGGAGCAGCAGAAAACAACCUUUCUCCCUCCUCUAUGUGACAUCCUUUUAUAUAUUUGAACAUGGCUAUCAUAUCACCCCUUAACCUCCUCUUCUCCAGGCUAAACAUGCCCAGCUCUCUUAGCCGUUCCUCAUAAGGCAUCGUUUCCAGGCCUUUGACCAUUUUGGUUGCCCUCCUCUGGACACGUUCCAGUUUGUCAAUGUCCUUCUUGAACUGUGGUGCCCAGAAGUUGUGGGUGAACAUAUCAGACGACACAGUGAUUCUUCAAACAGCUCUUGUUUAUUCAUAGGCCAGAACAGAACUGAACUGAAGGGUUCAGCCAGCCUGCUUAUAUAGAGCUCCAGUACAACGUAACUGUAACAACUUUCUGUAACUAUCCAAUCACUGAACGUCACUUUCGAUCCCUUACUUGCAUAUGUGGACCUGAGUGAAAACUAUCUACAGUAUCCCCCUGCUGGCCCAGGGUGAGAACUUCAGUACAUAACACAAAGGAUGGGGAGGAAAACACCUGCUGCUAUGCCACACCUGAAUAUAAGAAGAGCCUCGCUGCUACGUCAGGUCCGUGGCCCAUCUGGUCCAGAAUCCUGUUCUCACAGUGGCCAACCAACAGGAAAACCAGCCAGCAGGACCUGAGGCCUUGCCUCUCCUGUGGUUUCCAGCGAUGGCUUUUCAGAGACAUGCUGCGUCUGAUAGUGAAGGGGCAACAUAGCCCUCGUGGCUAGAAUGGACCAGCUGAGGAAUAGGCUCGACUUUUGUGUCUGUCUCCAUAUAUAAUCAAGAAUUCCCCUUGCUGAUGAUUUUUGCUCGGUGUUCUUUUUCCCUCCCCAGGCCUGAAGCUCCCACCCAAGAGAACACAAGCUUUCCUAAACAGGUAUGAAGAAUAAUAUUGGUAUGCACUCUCCUCCCCCUUCCCUAAAGAACCAGGAAGUCACUGGGACAGCUUUUUCAGGAUGAGUUCCCUUGAGAGGGAAGAGGGCUGAAAACAUUGGCGUGUUUGUGUAAUGUCAGUUUAUUUGCAAACUGCAAGAUGAGAAGGAGGGGAAAGACCAUGUUUAUUUGAAUAAGCAUCAGAGUACCCAAAAGCAAACAGAAGGUCUUUUCUUCUCCCCAGGGUUUUUUGCCUGUGGGCUGCAAAAACUCCAAGCAUAUCUCUCUCUCUCUCUCUCUCUCUCUCUCUCUCUCUCUCUCUCUCAUGCAUGGCUAAGUUCAAACUGACAGGCUGUGUCGUUGAGCAGGUGUGUGUGUGGGGGGGGUUCCUAUGGCACCCACCCCAGGGCCUCUGAGCAUCCUCCAGCUCUCACAGACCCAUAAGCAAGCCCGCUGAGUUACUGAGUAUACACAAAGCCCAUUGCAUGUUUUGAAGAAGCAAUGGAGGCUCCACAGACAUAUUGGAUAGCUCAGUUGGUUUGAGCAGGGUGCUGAUAAUGCCAAGGUUGCAAGUUCAAUCCCUGUACGGGACAGCUGCAUAUUCCUGCACCACAGGGGGGUUGGACUGGAUGACCCUCAGGGUCCCUUCCAACUUUACAAUUUUAUGAUUCUACAUUGUUUGCUUGGGGGUGGGGAAAACUGGUGCAACUUUAUAAAUGUCUCAUUUGUUUAGAUGUCUCUUCUCUACUGUAAUUACAGUAGUAAUUCUCUACAGCCUAGGACCCUCGUACCUAUGGGACCGCCUCUCCCGGUAUGCCCCGCAGAGGACCUUAAGGUCCAUAAAUAGCAGCACCCUGUCCAAGGCCCUAAGGAAGUCAGAUUAGCCUCAACCAGAGCCAGGGCCUUCUCAACACUGGCUCCAGCCUGGUGGGACGCUCUGUCCCAUGAGACCAGGGCCCUGCGCGAUCUGAUUUCUUUCUGCAGGGCCUGUAAGACAGAGUUGUUCUGCCUGGCCUUUGGCUUGGAAUCAACUUGAUCCCCUUCCUCUCUUUCCUUUUUCCUUUCUCCUCCUGUGAUGGAACUCCUAUUUGGGGACUUCCCUGGCUUUUUCCUGGCCCACGCAGAACCAGUCUGGAUAGUUGGCCUUGGUGAAGAUUUGAUGUUUUCAUCCCCCAAAAGUUUUUGAUUUGAGUUUCUACUGAAAUGAGUCUGCAUUUUAAUGUUGUAUUUUAAUCUCGUUUUUAAGUUGUAUUUCAAUCAAUUGUUUUUAUACCUUGUGUUAGCUGCCCUGAGCCUGGUCUUGGCUGGGGAGGGCGGUGUAUAAAUAAAAAUUAUUAUUAUUAUUAUUAUUAUUAUUAUUAUCAUCUCCCAGCUGGCUGCCCUCUGCAAAUUUCAUUCACAAGUCCCUGGAGCAGCUCAGGGGUCACAGCGCAGGGUUCCAGCUCCCAGUAGCAACAGCUUCAUAUGAAUGCAGCCAUAGGUCUUCUUUAAAGCACACCUUCACUAUUCUAACAGUCUUGGCUUCCCCCAAAGAACCCUUGGAACUGCAGUUUGUUACAUAUGGCUGCUGGGAAUAGUAGUCUAACAACCCUUGGCUCCUUAUAAAAAUUACAGCUCCCAGAAUUCUUUAGAGGAAGUGUUAAAGUGGUGAAAGGGUGCUCCAAAGGCAUGCUGUGGAUGUGACCUUAGCUUAACUGGGGCUGCGUGCUCAGGAAUUCUGAAAUCCUGCUGCAAGAAAAGCCUGAGCACAUGCAUAUUCUUAUUCCCUCUGAUUUUAAAUAACUUAUUCUAUCAUGUUCCUGUGGGGUACAAUGUUGGUUCUGCUAGUUUUCAGGAGGGGCGAGACACCUAAACUAAGGUUACCAGAUUUUUUUCAAUGAAUCCGUGGACGCUUUUCAACUUCAAUGGAUUUUGUAUGGGGACUGAUUUGUAAAUCUGGGGACUGUCCCCGGGAAACGGGGACUUCUGGUAACCUUAACCUAAACCAAAUUCCUGGAGAGUUUAUUCAGCUCCCAGUCUGGCUUUCAGGUCCUAUCACUUUGAAACAUCUAUUUUUUGUUGGCUUGAGAAUAUGUUUUAUUCCUCCCCCCACACAUAAUGAACAUAAUUAAAACUACAAUAAACAACAACAGCCAUAGCUGUCAACUUUUCCCUUUUCUUGCGAGGAAUCCUAUUUGGAAUAAGGGAAUUUCCCUUUAAAAAAGGGAAACGUUGACAGCUAUGGCAACAGCUAGCCUCAAGGGGAGAAGCAUAACAACAUCUUAAAAUCGGAGCCUUUAUUUUAUGAUGCACGUGAAGUCUUUAAUACAAUAAAUCUCUGCAGAUGUUUCCAUGGGUCUGGGGAUGUUGUUUGGACUGACCAUCUUGUCUUGCACAGGAGAUGAAUGGAUGUCAGGUGUUGCAAAAGGAUAAAGAACUUGUCUUGGCCUCCGACCUUGCUGAUUUGGCAGGUCACGUUCUUGGCCAGAACAACAGACCACACCUGAGCAUACCAUGAAGCGAUUGUUGCAGAACAUCCACAUUUAGCAAUUCCUAAACGAUCUACAAUCUUAAGGGCUAGAAAAACCAUCCUUUUUAAAAAAAGAAGAAGCCAGAACUUUUAGGAAGCCUCAUCCAGGAUUAUAUCUUGGAGUGCACUGUAGCAUAUGUUGUCCUGCCUCAAAUGUUCUGAAGAGAAGAAAUCACACUUUUCUUUUCUUUCUUUUCUUUUCUUUUCUUUUUCUAUAAUUUUGUUAUUAGUUUUUCAACAUAUCAUUUUCAACAAUAAUUAAACAUACUUUCAUAUCUUAUACCAUUUGUUGACUUCCAUCAAUCACAUCUGAAAAUUUUCCAAUCUACGCACUUAAUAUACAUUUCUUACUUCCACUAUUACAUUUAAAUCUCAUAACUAAUAUCUCUAUUCUUUCUCUACUUUGCAAUGUUUCAUACAUUUCUCCUUACAAAACUUCUUGUAGUCCUACUAGCAUAAUUUGUUGAUUACAGUUGCUCUUCAAAUAGUUCGUAUAUUUCUUCCAAUCGUCAGUAAAUCUCUGGUCCCGCAGGUUUCGAAUCCUUCCUGUCAUUUUAUCUAAUUCUGCGUAGUCCAUUAAUUUUGUCUGCCAUUUUUCUUUCGUCAGAAUUUCUUCUUGCUUCCAUUUCUGGGCUAAGAAUACUCUUGCUGCUGUUGUUGCAUAUAAAAACAAUUUAACAUCUUGCCUCUUAAUAUCCUCACCUAUAAUACCAAGUAAAAAUGCUUCUGGUUUUUUAAAAAAUGGAUAUUUCAACAUCUUUUUCAUCUCAUUAUAUAUCAUUUCCCAGAAGUUUUUCUUUCUUACAUUCCCACCACAUAUGAUAAAAUGUUCCUUCUUUUUCUCUUUUCUUUUCUUUUCAUCCAGGGUGUUGUCAAUAAAGAGAUUGUCUAUGCAGACCUGAAGGAUCCCAGCGGCCUGCGAAGACCUAAGCAAAGGAAGACAGAGGAGCAUUCAGAAUACGCCAGUGUCCGUGUAGCUUAG